AUGUACGUGGGUCAACUACCAUCCGAAGGAACGUAUAUAAUAUUUAACGAUGCCGCAAAUAAUUGUAACCACUAUGAUAUUGAACCGAAAAAUACAGAGAGUGAACUGAAAAUCGCACUAACUGGACACACUAAGGUUCAGAACGAAGUAGAAAAAAUAUUAAAAGCAUGGUGCUACGCAUUUCACACGGGAGGAAGUAACGCACGCUACAGUUCACACUGUAGUAUCUUUUAUUAUUGGUUAGGUGAUAAAAUAUGGCAAGAUGGGACAGAUGUAAGCACCUCUGCUUCAUUUCAAGACAUUAUGAAAAAUAUUUAUGAUAUAUUGGGGAAAAUUAAGCCUGGACAAGGAUGUGACAAUAUAUAUCACAACAGUAAUAUUGAUAAGACCCUCUUCCAUAACGGAAGAAUAAUAUAUGAUUUCUCCUAUGAUUAUAAUAAUAUAGAAGGAAAUUUAUCAAAAAAUAGAGCUACAUACUGUAACGCAUAUAAAGAUUAUCUGGAGAAGGCUUCUAAAGCUUACACUGAAUUGUGCAUAGGAAGUGAAAGUGAAGGGAACUCCUUCCAAAAGUCCGUUUGUGGGACAUUUAUAAGGGAGGGUAGUGACAAACUUGACCCACAACAGUUACUACAACAGUACUGUCAAUCAAUACUUGCAGAGAGGAAUGACGUUCCACAAGUGGAAGCUGAAAGUAGGCAGGAAGUAUGUUCAGGAGAAGAAUCGCACACAGUGUCCACAACAGAACAGACACCUUCCCCAUCUAAAGUAAACAUCCCAGCCAUCUUUUCUGGACUCGCUUUAACAGUAGGACUUCCUACAAUCGCCGUUUUCUUUUUAUACAAAUAUAAUCUUCUACCUUCUUGGUUCCACAACAAAAUUGGGAAUAGCAGCACUGGAAGGAGCAGAAGAGGAAGGAGGUCCACUCAACGUCACCACUUUGAAGACAACCUAACAGAAUAUUCCACAGAUGUUUCAACAAGUUCAUGUUUGCAGAAUUUACCCUCCAGGAAAAGUUAUUAUGAUAAAUUUGAAGGGGCCAAUGAUUCCUGCCCUAGUGAUGGCAUCCCGAAUGGAAUAGAGGAUAAAUUGAAGAAUCAUGUUGGUGGCUCAGACAAUGCAAAGAAGAUUGUAAAGGCCUGGUAUGACAAAACUAUAUUUGACGAACAUUCCAUAUCAAGCAGUCCAGCUUGUACUUUCUUCUAUUAUUGGUUAGGAGAUAAAAUACCAAGGACUACAGUAGGAAGCAAUUCAUUUCCAAGUUCUAUGAACAAAGUUUACGAAAAUUUAGGGUACACUUGUUCUAAUCAGAAUUGUAGCAUCUUAUAUAGUAACAUUGAGCGGGACAUCUUCAUUAGUAUGAAAUCAGUAUAUGAGUACAAACAGAAUUAUGGAACUAUAGAUCAGCACGUAAAGAGUUCCCAGGCUCCAGAAUUCCCAUGUACUGAAGCUUAUGUCGAUUACUUGGAAAAAGUUGUUUCAGCUUACAACAGUUUAAGCACAGAAUGUAAGGGAGGAAAUGAGAAUUAUUGGUGUAAAGACUUUCAGAAAAUGGCUAAGGAACGUGCUUAUGAUGAACUAUUACAAUUAAAAUGUUCAUUAAAACACACACCAGAUUGUCCAAGCAACUCCGUCGCCGCUGCAAUAUCUGGUACAUUGGCCACCACAAUAGGAUUACCUGUUAUUGGUUAUGCAUUAUAUAAAUAUAAACUCCUACCUUCUUGGCUCCACAACAAAAUUGGGAAAAACAGCAGAAGUAUACGGAACAAAAGAGGGAAGGGAUCCAGUGCAUAUCACUUUGAUGACGACACAUUAACAGAUUCUUCUACAGAAUAUGGAACAGAUUAUUCCACAACAACCGAUAAUUCCACAAUAGCAGAUUCCGUAACAAAAUAUUCAGCCCCGCCGUCCGGAAGAAGAACAAAUAAGCGGCAACAACAGCAAGGGCAAAGAAAUAAUAUUGCUUAUCAACGUAUGUAG